AUGAGGGGCCCCUGCGGGGACACUGCGAAACCACUGCGGGGCCACGGCGGGACCCAUGAGGGGCCGCUGCGGGACCAUUGCGGGAGGAACGCGGUGCCCCCGUUCCUCGGGCACGAGAAACAGUGCAUCGGGGCUACCGCUCGGCGCCCCCUCCCCCCGGCCCAGGUCCUGGGCGGGUUUGACGGCGCUUCCCCCGCCCGCCCGCCCGCCCCCUCCCCGCAGCCCAUUUUGAUGCCCAGUUGUGUCCUCCCCCGGGCUGUGGCUGCCCCUCCCCGGGUCCCCCCCGGCCCCCGGGGCGCGGCCAGUCCGGGAGGAGGCCGGCCGACACCGCGGGCUCCGCGGGCACCCCCCAGGACCCUCGCCCGGACCCCUCGCUCCACCAACAUCAGCCGGGGAACUCACUCUCCGGAAAAGCACGAUGACAAAUCGUCCCGAGCGCCCCCGUCCCCCGAAGGGGCGCGCUAUCCCGGCCUCCAACGGGGCCCGCAGGCCGCCCGGCCUCUGUCCGUCUGUCCGGCCGGCCGGCUGUCUGGCCGGCUGGCUGGCUGGCUGGCUGGCUGGCUGUCCCGGGAGCGAUGCUGCCCCAGCGGGAAAAGUGGGAAGAGCGGGAACACGGAAAGGAGGAGGAGGAAGAAAAGGAAGCGUCCCAGGCAGCGGGGUGGGGGUCCCGGGGGUCCCGCAGCCGAUAACUUGCGGAACGUUUCCGAGCUGCUCGUUGAGGCAGAUUUAGUGACCGACGCAAAGCGCAGUGGACAGCCGGACAGCCGGACAGCCGGACAGCCGGACAGCCGGACAGCCGGACAGCCGGACAGCCGGCAGGCCCCGCCGCCCUCGGGGCCGCCCCCGCCCAAGGAGUCGCCUUUCUCCAUCAAGAACCUGCUCAAUGGAGACCGGCACCGGCCGGCCCCGAAGCAGCAGCCCCGGACUCUGUUCGCCCCGGGGUCGGGGUCGGGGUCGGGGUCGGGGUCGGGGCCGGGGUCGGGCUCGGUGGCCGCCGCCGCCAAGGGCGUCCUGGACGCCGGCGCCGCGGGCUUUGCGCUGUCGCAGGUGGGAGACCUGACUUUUCCGCGCUUUGAGAUCCCGGCGCAGAGGUUUGCGUUGCCCGCGCACUACCUGGAGCGGUCUCCGGCCUGGUGGUACCCCUACACCCUGACCCCCGCGGGGGGACACCUGCCCCGGACAGAGGCGGCGGACAAGUCCCUGCUGAGAGACUCGUCCCCGGCCUCGGGCACGGACAGGGACUCGCCGGAGCCCCGGCCGAGGCGGGAGCCGGACCCCAAGGAGCGGGACUGCAAGAGCCCCGACGAGAUCAUCCUGGAAGAGAGCGACUCGGAGGAAGGCAAGAAGGACGAGGCGGCGAAGGCGGCGGCCCUGGGGGCGGGGGCGGCGGCGGCGGCGGCGGCGGCGGCGGCCCCUCCGGCGGGCCCGGGCCCCGAGGACUGGAAGAAGCGGCCCGACAGCCCGGAGAAGAAGCCUUGCCGCAAGAAGAAGACGCGCACCGUCUUCUCCCGCAGCCAGGUCUUCCAGCUGGAGUCCACCUUCGACCUGAAGCGCUACCUGAGCAGCUCGGAGCGCGCCGGCCUGGCCGCCUCCCUGCACCUCACCGAGACCCAGGUGAAGAUCUGGUUCCAGAACCGCCGGAACAAGUGGAAGCGGCAGCUGGCGGCCGAGCUGGAGGCGGCCAACCUCAGCCACGCCGCGGCCCAGCGCAUCGUCCGGGUGCCCAUCCUCUACCACGAGAACUCGGCGGGCGACGGGGCCGCCGCCGCCGCCGCCCCGGUGCCCGUGCCCGUGCCCGUCAGCCAGCCGCUGCUCACCUUCCCGCACCCCGUCUACUAUUCGCACCCCGUCGUCACCUCCGUGCCCCUGCUAAGGCCGGUCUGAGAGCGGGCCCGGCCGCGGGCGCGGGAGGG